GGGCGGGGCGGGGCCAGGUCCCUUUAAAGCUGGUCUGGCAGCUCCUCAUCCAGCACUGCCCAGUGACUGCUCCAGUGCAAGUGGAGAAGCAGGAACAAGAUGUCUCAUUCUGCACCAAACGCCAUAAAACGAUGUGUGGCUGCUACAUCCAAGCACCUCUCCCUCAAUGGAGAUGCUAACAAGGGAGAGCAAGCCCAGCCCAUGGUGCCUGAGAACAACCUCUGCAGGCAGUACAAGGAGAAGGUGCAGCCCUGCAUCGACCUCAUCGACUCGCUGCGGGCCCUGGGUGUGGAGCAGGACCUGGCCCUGCCCGCCAUCGCGGUCAUCGGGGACCAGAGCUCGGGCAAGAGCUCCGUGCUGGAGGCUCUGUCAGGAGUCGCCCUCCCCAGGGGCAGUGGCAUUGUCACCAGGUGCCCUCUGGUGCUGAAGCUGAAGAAGCUGGACCAAGAAGAGGGGUGGAGAGGCAAGCUCAGCUACCUGCAAGUCCAGGAGGACAUCGCGGACACUUCCAAGGUGGAAGGGGCAGUCAUCAAAGCCCAAAACUUCAUCACUGGCACCAGGCUGGGGAUCAAGGAUGAGCUCAUCAGCCUGGAGAUCAGCUCCCCCAGCGUCCCGGACCUGACUCUCAUCGACCUUCCUGGGAUCACCAGGGUGGCUGUGGGCAAUCAGCCUGAGGACAUUGGGUGCCAGAUCAAGCGGCUCAUCAUGAAGUACAUUGAAAAGGCUGAGACCAUCAACUUGGUGGUGGUCCCCAGCAACGUGGACAUUGCCACCACGGAGGCUCUGAGCAUGGCGAAGCAGGUGGAUCCCGAAGGAGACAGGACCAUAGGGAUCCUGACGAAGCCCGACCUGGUGGACAAAGGCACGGAAGACAAGGUGGUGGACGUGGUGCACAACCUGCUGUGCCCCCUGAAGAAGGGCUACAUGGUGGUCAGGUGCCGCAGCCAGCAGGACAUCCAGGCGCGGCUGAGCCCGACCGAGGCCCUGCAGAGGGAGCAGGCGUUCUUUGAGGACCACCCUCUCUUCAGGGUGCUGCUGGAGGAAGGAAAGGCCACGGUCCCCCGCCUGGCGGAGAGACUGUCCUCUGAGCUCAUCACACACAUCUGUAAAUCUCUGCCGCUGCUGGAAAAUACAAUAAAGGAGCGGCACCAGGAAAUAACGGAGGAGCUGCAAAAGUACGGCAUGGACAUCCCAGAGGACGGAAAUGAGAAAACGAUCUUCCUGAUCCAGAAAAUCAGUGCAUUUAACAAGGACAUCCGUGCUCUAGUCGAGGGCGAGGAGAGCGUGGGCAAGAAUGGGACCCGGCUGUUUGCCAGACUCCGGCAGAAGUUCCAAGGCUGGAACUCCAUGAUCGAAGAGCACUUUGAAAAAGGUUAUGAUGGUUUAAAAAGUAAAGUCUGGCAAUUCGAAAGCCAGCAUUGUGGCAAAGAGCUGCCCGGGUUCGUGAACUACAGGACGUUUGAGACACUCAUGAAAAGCCAGCUGCAGGCCCUGGAGGAACCAGCGGUGGAGCUGCUGCACGAGGUCACCGUUAUGGUUCGAGACACCUUCACUGCGGUUUCUGAAAGGAACUUCAGUGGGUUUUUUAACCUGCACAAGACCUGCAAGAACAAAAUCGAGGACAUCCGGUGGGACGGAGAAGAAGCGGCAGAGAAGGCGAUCCAACUUCACUUCCGGGUGGAGCAGAUCGUCUACUGCCAGGACCAGGCUUACCGAGGCGCGCUGCAGCGGGUCAGGGAGGAGGACGCCCAGAAAUCCUGCCUGGGCCUCAGUUUUGCUCCCCGGGACUCUGCUCCCCGGGACUCCGCUGUGGCCGAAGUCCUGCAGCACUUGAAUGCCUACCGCCAGGAGGUCGGACGAAGCCUGGCCAGACAAGUCCCCCUCAUCAUCCAGUACUUCGUCCUGCAGAGGUUCGGCCGGGAGCUGCAGAGCCAGCUGCUACAGGACAAGGAGGCCUGCGCCUGGCUCCUGCAGGAGGGGAGCAGCAGCACCAAGAGAAGGAAGGACUUGAAGGGGCGGCUGGAGCGGCUGGGCCAGGCCCAGCAUCAGCUGACCAAGUUCCCGGGCUAACCUGGCUCCGGGGCCCAGGGAAGAAGCAUGGAGAGUCAAUCUCUGUGUGCAGCCUUGGUCUGCAGUAAAAAAGGCUCUGAAUUCAGGGCAGAUCAGAUAAGUCGUGGCAUAAUGGAAGAAAGGGCCCUGAACAGCCCAGGGACCCGUGCUCAGGGUGGGACUGUCCCCCGGGACUCAGCCAGAGGUGAUUCCAGCACCCAUGGCCAGCAGGUGUGGGACUCAGUCAGCUCUGUGCAGCAGUGCGCCAUCCCUGCCAACUCUGAGCCGUGCACUAAAAGCAUUCCAGGCCCACUUAUGCAAAUUAAUCAUGUUGUUUAUAAACAUUUAAACACAAACAUUGAUAUUUUCUUUACCUGUUAGUUUUGUGGCUACACCUUUCUUGUGAAAUCCAGCCUCAUCCAAAAGUAAAAUCAUUUCCAAUAUGAAAAAUA